CACCCACCCAGACACCCUGCCGUGGAGGAGAGCAUUCCAGAGGGAGCCUCGCCCGGCAGCCUCUGCUCUGAGGGCUCUGUGCACGGCACUGCAGCUACAGGCCCAAGAUGCCAGCUGCCCAGCUGCUGCUGCUGGCCUGUCUGCUGUGGGGUGUGGGGGCAAGGACAGCCCAGCUCCAGAAGGCCAACGACCAGAGUGGCCGCUGCCAGUACACCUUCCGUGUGGUCAGUCCCAACGAGGCCAGCUGCCCCGAGCAGGGCCAGGCCAUGUCAGCCAUCCAGGACCUGCAGAGGGACAGCAGCGCCCAGCGUGCGGACCUGGAGGUCACCAAAGCCCGGCUCACCUCCCUGGAGGGCGUCCUCCACCGGCUGACCUUGGGCCAGGUGGCCGAGCCCUCGGAGACAGAGCAGGGGCAGCAGAGGCAGCUGGACACCCUGAUGAGGGAGCGAGAACAGCUGGAAACCCAAACCAGGGAGCUGGAGACGGCCAACAGCAACCUUCUCCGAGACCAGUCAGUUCUGGAGGAAGAGAAGAGGCAACUUCGGGCAGAGAAUGAGGAUCUGGCCAGGAGGCUAGAAAGCAGCAGCCAGGAGAUAGAAAGGCUGAGGAGGGGACAGUGUCUCCAGGCCCACAGCUCCUCUCAGGAUGUGUCACCAGGUGCCAGGGAAGUUUCUAGAUGGAAUUUGGAGAACGUGGACUUCCAGGAACUGAAGUCCGAGUUCAGUGAGGUCCCUGCCUCCCAAAUCUUGGCGAGUCCGACGUCUGGCCAUCCCAGGAGUGAAGAUGGGGACACUGGGUGUGGAGACCUCAUCUGGGUAGGUGAACCUGUCACUCUGAGAACAGCCGAAAGCAUCACGGGCAAGUACGGCGUGUGGAUGCGAGACCCGAAGCCCGUGUCCCCCUACACGCAGAACACCACGUGGAGAAUCGACACGGUGGGCACGGCCGUCCGCCAGGUGUUCGAGUACCACCUUGUUAGCCAGUUCACGCAGGGCUACCCUUCCAAGGUGUACGUGCUGCCCAGGCCGCUGGAAAGCACAGGCGCCGUGGUCUACGGGGGCAGCCUCUACUUCCAGGGGGCCGCGUCCAGAACGGUGGUCAGGUACGAGCUGAAGACCGAGUCCGUGAAGGCGGAGAAGGACAUCCCCGGCGCUGGCUACCACGGACAGUUCCCGUACUCCUGGGGCGGCUACACAGACAUCGACCUGGCGGUGGACGAGAGGGGCCUGUGGGUCAUUUAUAGCACGGAGGAGGCCAAAGGCGCCAUCGUCCUCUCCAAGCUGCACCCGGAGAGCCUGGAACUGGAACAGACCUGGGAGACAAACAUCCGGAAGCUGUCGGUGGCCAACGCCUUCGUCAUCUGCGGCACGUUGUACACCGUGAGCAGCUACUCGGCGCCGGAGGCCACCAUCAACUUCGCAUACGACACAGUCACGCAGAGCAGCAAGGCUCUGAGCAUCCCCUUCAAGAACCUCUACAAGUACAGCAGCAUGGUCGACUACAACCCCCUGGAGAAGAAGCUCUUCGCCUGGGACAACUUCAACAUGGUCACCUACGACGUCAGGCUGUCCAAGAUGUGACGAGCCGCCAAGCUGGGUCGGGAAGGACAGAUGGGCACGACGUGCAGGGCUCCCGAGGGGUCAGCCCGCUAGCCAAAGCCCGUGCAGCUUUGCUCUGCUUUCCAAGCUUCUGCGAACCCAGGAGAAUGGGCACUGUCGCCGUGGCCCACGGUGCGGGAAGAGCAAUCUGGGGAUUCAGACAGUUUCACAGUAGAUAUUAUUUUCUUUUGUCAGCUUUGAAAGGCGUGUUGAUCACCAAAAUAGUUUCCGUUUUCUGGUGGUUUGGGGCAAACGCUAUCAUGUAUAGUAGUUUCUUCACAGAAACCACAAGGCUUUUUGUAAAUGGCCUCCUGUGGGGCUACAGAGGAUAUGUUUGCAGGUGAAGAGUUUGAGGAAAAAGAGGCUGCCCCGUGUGGAAUCCGGGCUGUCCCAGGCUCUUGCCUGCUGCACGGUCACCACAAGCCAGUGAAAAGCAGCACUUCUGAAGGCGGAAAGCUCUGUGGCCAGCUCUGAACAUAUACACGGUGCAUUUACUAUAGUUGGCUUCUGAUGCUUCAGGCAGAGUCCAGGUGGGUAUUAUGUAACCUUUGCCCCUGAAAUAAAAUGCUCUGACACACA